CUUUCUUCUCUCUUUCUUAUCCACCCCCCCCCCCCCUACUCUAUCAAUUAACAUAAUAUGGCCGGCCUUCCUGAUUUCAUGACAAACCCCAACGCUGUCCUCAACGACAAGGACCACGAAUGGCGUUACAACCGUGUACCUGACUACACAAAGGUCAACGCUGCCUUUGAAGCCGAAAAGUCAAAGGAGCAUCCCGAAGGAUCCCUCGAGAGCCUUGUCUCCAACCUCGUAAAGAACUGGGAAAAGGAAGUUUCUUACAAGCUUCGUGCCGACCAAAUCCGCACCAUUGAUCACACCAAGUACAGAUUCUCUGUCAACGGAAAGGAAUGGCACGAUGUUGAAGACAUGCUCAAGAUUGGUACCUACAACGCUCUUAUUGGUGACACUGAGCUUUACAAGGCUAGCGAGAGUGACUUUAGCGAUUCCCACAAGCUUUUCAAGCGUUGUCUCCGCACCUUUUCCUGGGAAGUUCUCGAGGUUUACAGUGGUCCUCCCACUGUUGCCUUCAAGUGGCGCCACUGGGGUACUAUGACUGGUGAUCUGUCAGUCAAGCUUGGUAAUGGAAAGAAGCUUGAGGCUCCUGCUUCCAACGAGGUUGUCCAGACCUUUGGUAUUACCGUUGCCAAAGUCAAUGACAAAUUCGAGAUUGAACAGCUCGAGACCUUCUAUGAUCCCAACGACUUGAUGAAGCAGUUGGCUAAGAACAAAAAGACCGAAGAGGGAGAGCAGGCUGUCCAGUCAUCCGGUUCAAAGUGUCCUUUUGCUGCCUAAAAGUAGAAAAAGAGAGAUAGAGAAGAAACAAAAUAAAGCUCUGUGCUCAAUAUCAUUCAUUGAUGAGCCUCUAUGUAUCAAUACCAAAAUAUCUUGCAAUAUAUAUUACACACUUAUUUGAAAAAUAUACUUGUAUUCAAAAUGUG